AUGUCCCGAUACGCAGAUGCACACAUGAAUCCUGCCGGCCCCGGGGACGCUCGCCCGACAGCGAUUCAGAUCGUCAAGGAUGAACGAGCAGAGGGCACUCUGGCUGGGAAAGUUGUUGUCAUUACUGGGACUUCAUCUGGCCUAGGCAUCGAAACAGCCCGUGCUCUAGCCUUGACCGGAGCAAAGAUGUUUUUGACGGCCCGAAACCUCGACAAAGCCAAAACCGCCCUCGAGGGCAUCCUCAAACCGGGACAUAUUGAGCUCGUUGAGAUGGACAAUACUUCUCUUGGCAGCGUCCGCGCCGCUGCGAAAAUCAUCAUUCAGAAGUCUAACAACCAGGUCAACAUCCUGAUCAACAACGCCGGUAUCAUGGCUCUGCCCAACUUGGAAUAUACCAAGGAUGGGUUCGAGAUGCAGCUUGGGGUUAACCACCUUUCCCAUUUCCUACUGUUCGAGCUUUUGAAGCCAGCUCUUCUUGCCAGCGCGACCCCUGAGUUGUCAUCUCGAGUUGUUAACCUCUCUUCUUCUGCCCACCAUGUCUCCUCGAUCAACGAAUCCGGCAACUACAAUUUCGAGAAGACUGAGUACAACCCGUGGGUUUCAUAUGGGCAAUCAAAGACGGCCAAUAUCUACAUGACGAAUGAAAUCGAGCGGCGCUAUGGGCCGAGAGGAUUGCACGCCAACAGUGUUCAUCCUGGAAUGAUUUCGACUCCGCUCAUGGUUCACGUGGACCCUGCCGCCUUGGAAGGAAUGCAGAAGGAUCCCAACAUCCCAAAAUUGAUGAAGUCGCCAGAGCAGGGCGCUGCAACAACCGUUUGGGCUGCAAUUGGGAAGGAAUGGGAAACUAAGGGUGGGGAAUACCUUGCUGAGUGCUGGAAGACUACUCGAGGAAAUGACAAGCAUGAGAUCGCUGGUGAAGGAUUUGCAGGCCAUGCUUAUCACCCUGAGAAUGAGGCUCGUCUGUGGAAGGACUCGCUCAAGAUGGUCAGUUUACUAGACGAUCAGUAG